AUGGCCACCAAGACCGACUUAUUAACCCUAACUACCACCAUCCAGGACGCCCUUUGUGCGGAGAUGGCGGGAUUCAGGACGGAUGUGAGCACCCAAGCAGGCCGCAUCCAAACCUCGAAACACUCACUUGAAGCCCAGUCCACCAGGAUCACAGCAACAGACACAGCGAUCUCCCGACAAGGAGAACUGCUCCUCAGCAUGAGACGCCUUGUGGAAGACCUGGACAAUCGGGGCCGCAGGAGCAACAUCCGGGUCCGGGGAGUGCCGGAGGCGGACGCAG